CGGGUCGCCUCUGUACUUACAUAGUACUCUGUAGGCGAUCUAGAACUUGCUGUAUCUGUCCUGGUUGCUUUUCAUCCUCUUUGCGGGCCUUGUCUUAGAGUGUCUUUGUGCUAGCAGUCUUCUGUCGUCAAUUGGUUGAUAUUCAGCGUUUCCUUAGUCGAUCUACUCCAAAUAUCAGGAUAUAUAUAGUCAAGAUGGCACCGAAAAUCUACUAUGGCGAGCGAUACUACGCGUUCCCGCAGAUGGACAUGUUGACCUUUCUCUUCGAAUCCCAACACGCCCUCUCCCAACCCGACACCCAACUCCACAUUGACGCCGCCAACCCGUCAAACUACCUCACCAAAUCCACCACCAUCUCCCUCACCGAGCAAUUUGCUCACGCCUUCCGCACCCGCUUCGGGAUCGGCGCCGCCGGCCCCAACCACGACGUCGUCGUCGGCUUCUCCAGCCUCCAGAUCCUCCUCCCCGUCGCCUUCUAUGGCACCGUCGCCGCCGGUGGCGUCUUCAGCGCGGCGUCGCAUAGCUUCACACCGGCGGAGCUGGCGCGCCAGGUGACGCAGGGGGAUGCGAAGCUGUUGAUUACGAGUGCGGAUUUGGUGGAGGUGGCGGUGGAGGCGGCGGGGAUCUGUGGGUUGGGGUUGGAUCGGGUCCUGGUGCUGGAGUCGGAUGCGGGGAAGUGGGGGAUGAGGAGUGUAGAUGGGAGUUUUGGAGGGUGGACGGAGGAGCGGUUAAUGUGGGAGCGGGUGACGGAUCCGGUGAGGUUGGAGGAGAGUUUGAUUAUUUUGCUGUAUAGUUCGGGGACGACGGGGGCGCCGAAAGGUGUCCGACUCUCCCACCAAAACGUCGUCGCCUCAACGUACAACCCCAGCCAGGCCGCCCGCGAAUGGGCCUUCCCCCGCGUCAUGUCCGGCGAGAUCAUCCCCUCACCGCAGCGUACCAUCGCGCAUCUCCCCGCGGCGCACAUCGCCGGUGUGAGCGGCUACUUCAUCAGCCCCGUCUACAGCGGCACGUCGCUCUACUGGAUGCGCAAGUACGAGUGGAAGAAGUUCCUCGAGUACAACAAGCAGCACCAGAUCACCGGGUUCUUUUCCGUGCCGGCGAUUUAUGCGCGCAUCGCGAAGUCGGCGGACGUGACGGAUCAGUUCGCGUCGUUUGAGGGCGGGUUGGGUGGCGCGGCGCCGAUGGAUGACUUUGUGCAGACCGGAUCGCAGAAGAAGCUGGCGGAUGGAUCGAAGUCCGUCGGGGGCACUUGGGGCCUUUCUGAGGCCACCGGCUCCGUCACCUCCCUCCCCCGUGGACUCACCGACACCACCGGCAGCGUGGGCACCAUCCACCCCAACAUGCAGCUGCGCCUCGUCGACGACGACGACCAAGACGUCCCCGAAGGCCAACCUGGCGAAGCGAUCAUCCGCGGCCCCACAAUCACCAAAGGCUACCACGACAACCCCGAGGCCACCAAGGAAGCGUUCCUCGACGGCUGGUUCCGCACCGGCGACAUCUUGCAACAGCGCAACGGGCUAUGGUACGUGACGGACCGGAAGAAGGAACUGAUUAAAUAUAAGGGGCUGCAGGUGGCGCCGGCGGAGUUGGAGGGAUUGCUGUUGAGCCAUCCGUUUAUUGAGGACGCGGCGGUUAUUGGGGUGCCGUUUGAGGGAACGGAGGCGCCGAGGGCGUAUGUCGUGGCGGAUCGGAAGAAGUUGAGCGAGGAGGAGGUGAAGCAGUUUAUUGCUUCGAAGUUGUCGCCGCAUAAGCAGCUGCGAGGAGGGGUCGUGUACAUGGAGGCGAUUCCGCGUAGCACAGUAGGGAAGAUCUUGAGGAGGGAGUUGAGGGAGGCGGCGAAGAAGGAAAACAAGGCGAAGUUGUAGAUAGAGUGUGUGAUAUGGAUGUAUGUUGGAUGUUGGACAAUUUAGCGCUUUUGUCGAACGGUUUCAAUAACUAAGUUCAUGCUCAGUUUGUCUUUGAAAUUGUCGUGAUACCGCGUUUGGUCUGCCCACCCAUAAGAACCUCACUUGCGCCCGGGUUUCACUCCUAACUACCGGUACAGUUCCUCCGCAAAAGUCACCGUUCAAAGCCUAAAAUCUCAUCAAAACUCCUGGUUUUGCGAGCUCUCAUU